AUGCAGUCAGCCCGGGGGGUGGGGACAUCGUCACCAUGUAAUAUACAACUUGGAUUCGCCCCGAUCUCUAGGCAUGAGGAUGAUGUUCAGCACUUCAAGGUCAUGAGAGACAACAAGGGUAAUUACUUCCUGUGGACAGAGAAGUUUCCGUCUCUAAAUAAGCUGGUGGACUACUACAGGACGACUUCCAUCUCCAAACAGAAGCAGAUCUUUCUGAGGGAUAGAACCCGAGAGGAUCAGGGUCACCGGGGCAACAGCCUGGACCGGAGGCCCCAGGGAGGCCCACACCUCAGUGGGGCUGUGGGAGAAGAAAUCUGGCCUUCGAUGACGCGGAAGCUGUCGGGCCGCCCAGCGCCCCCUCCCUCGCAGUGCCCCCCAGCGCCCCCAGCACAGCAGCAACGCUACCUGCAACACCCUCAUUUCCACCAGGAACGCCGAGGAGGCAGCCUUGACAUAAACGAUGGGCACUGUGGCAUUGGCGUGGGCGGCGACACGAACCCGGCCCUCAUGCACCGGAGACACACAGACCCCGUGCAGCUCCAAGUGGCCGGGCGAGUGCGGUGGGCCCGGGCGCUGUACGACUUCGAGGCCCUCGAGGACGACGAGCUGGGGUUUCGCUGUGGAGAGGUGGUCGAGGUCCUGGACAGCUCCAACCCGUCCUGGUGGACUGGCCGCCUGCACAACAGACUGGGCCUCUUCCCUGCCAACUACGUGGCGCCCAUGAUCCGAUGAGGCCCUUCCGGGGGGUCAGAGGCUUUUGUGUGAAGCUGCCUGCAGGAGAGGGGGCAAGGAAGAGAAGCGGGAACUAUCCACGCAUACGGAUAUAUGUGUGUACGCGCACACGCACGCCUACGCCUCUGUGUACACGCAUUUUCUAAUAGUAAUUUAUUGGCGAUUUCAUUGGUUACUUAGUUGAUAUGAAAGGAAGUCAGGUGAGAAUGAUAUUCAUCCUUGUUUUUCUGCUCCCCUCAGCGGUGUGUGGAAGGCAGUGGGAAAGCUGGCUGGUGGGGAGGGGCAGAGACAUGAAACGCAAAUUCUUCCCGCCCCUAAGAUGGCCCUGCUUCCUCCUGGCCUGGGGAAUGUUCACCAAGAGUAACCCAGCGGAGAGCCACACCCCGGGCUUGGACGAGGAACCACAGGGUGGGGCUGGACUCGGUGGGGCAUGUUUGAGCUCACCUCCAAGCCCUACUCACCUUGAGGGUUUGCAGGGCAGCUUCCCUCCUGCUCUGCAAGGGUGGGCACUGCUGGGUUGAGAAUAAAGGUGCCUCCCCACAGGGCUGAGCUGGGAGCAGGAAGGGCCAAGAAGGCGGGACUGGACUGGAGCAGCAGGUGUUGCGAAGCCUGGGCAAGGCUGGCUUCACCUCCCUCCAGUGAGUGUUCCUCGGCUAGUCCUCUUCCCCGAGGCUGACCUGGAGAAACGGAGACCCCGAGGAGCCAAGCACUGGGAGACGGAGGGAUUUUCACAAAUCCCCAGUGGCUUACUUGGGAGUAACCUCUGUUUCCCGGGAUACCAAGAAAGCAGCGUCUGAGACUCUGUAAAAUGCUUAGAGAAGCCCCGGCUGAGAAAGCUGGAUUUUAGAGCCAUUAUUUUAUGGCGACAGGGUGUCUCUUUGGGUCUCUAUUUGUUUCCCCAUGUUUUGAGGAUGCUUGCCCAGUGGCACGGAGAGCAGCCCGCUCCACAAGAGCGUUGAUUCGCUAUUGUUGAUGGGUUGAUUGAUUGGCUGAGCAUGACCCUGGGUGGGAGCCAGCUUUGCAAUGAGCUUCCUGUUGGAUUUGGCUGUUGAGCCACUGCUGACAGCCCCCCCCCAACACACACACCCAAUACCUGCAUGUGGGGCCGCUAUCUCUCCUGCCACCUCACAAUAGAAUUGUGUUUCCCUUGGGGGUGUGGGUGGGGACUGGCCAGGCUGGGGAGCAGAGACACCAGAGAAGGAAACUCAGUGUUUUGGUGGAGGCCGGGAGCAAACACGUCUGCACCAAGGGCCCUGAGAAGAGGGUGUGUGUGUGUAAUGAGACCGAAAUGAAAGGGUGGGGUACCCAUGUUGGUGAGGGAGCAUGGAGGGUGAGGUGGGCUCGUUCCUUUGUCUUCUCCCCCAGCCCUUCCUGCUCUAAGGAGUGACGGCGGCAGCCAUUAUGGAGGGUGAUAGGAGAAGAAGAGUUUCUACUCAGAAGUAACUGUCAGUGUGAUGUAGGCUGUGUCCCUUUGACUCUGAAUUCUAUGAUUCUGUGAUCCCUGUGUUGUCUUUAGAGAGGAAGGGAAAAAGAAGGCGCUCUGUGGUGAGUCUUGGGGGGGAAGAGAAAAUAGCCCUGAGAGGCGGGGGGAGUCGAGCGAGAGUGAGGAGGGUCUGGCACGCAGCCUUUAGAAAUGACAGCACGGAAAGGGAAAGGGGGCAAAGACAUUUCAAAAGAUCAAGGAGCAGCGUGAGAGGGACAAAGGGAGGGAGAGGAGGCAAGACGUUAAGUGGGGCAGGUGAGGAAGACAUGGGAGUAGGAGUCAGCGAGCAGAUAAGCACGGGAAGGAGGGACGGAGCAGGUGCGGAAGGAGGAAUUAGAGCAGAGACGUGAGCGCUGGGGAAGGCAGGGGCGAAGGCACCACGAGGAUGAAGACAAAAGAGCAGGGAGAAAGAAAAGCAAGGCAAAGAAGACCUAAAAGCUAUUUUGGUGCUAGGUAAUGUGAACACGUUACAGUAAAUAAAAGCCAAAAGUGAUGUUUGAUUUUA